UUGGCCACGGGCGGUCCGAGGGCGUGAGGGGCUACGUGGACUCCGUCGACGACUACGUGGGCGACCUCCUCCAGCACUGCGACGACGUCCGAGCUGGCCACCCCGACCUGCCCUGCUUCCUCGUCGGGCACUCCAUGGGCGGCAUGAUCGCCAUCAAGAGCGCCAUGUCCCGCCCACGCUUCUUCACGGGCGUCGUCCUCAUGGGUCCGCUGAUCAAGGUCAACGCCUCCGAGGCCACGCCCCCUCGGAUCUUCCUGGCCCGCCUGGUCGCGAGGAUCCUCCCUACCUGGCCGUGCCCGUUAGUUGCGAAGCUGAAGUUGGAUCACGUGACCCGCGACGAGGAAAUGAAGAACAGAAUGCGCAAGGACCCGCUCAGAUACCAGGGCGGGAUCCGAGCGCGCUGGGCCGUGGCGGGAAUCGAAGCCCUGAUGUACUUCGAGAACCACAUCCCGGAGGUGGAGUGGCCGUUCCUGAUCCUCCACGGCGAGGAGGACCACCUGUGCGCUCCGGAGGGAUCCAAGAUGCUUCUGGAACAUUCCAAGAGCACCGAUAAGGAGCUGAAGAUAUUUCCUUCGGCAUUCCAUCACUUAUACUUGGAGUUGCCUGAAGUGCGGCACGAGGCUCUCCAAGACACAGUGGACUGGAUCGCAGCCCGAGUCUCAACUACGAAGAAGUGAACACCGUGUACAUAUAUGUUUAUAGAUAUAUAUAUAUAUAUUUUUUCUCUUUGGUUGAGUUGUAGGUUUGAGAUACAUGGUUGCAUUUGGAACACUUCAAAGCUGAAUGUGUCGGUGUUUAAUCUUUCUUAGUAUUUUUUUUCCUUUUUUCUUUAGAAUUGUUUUGUGAAGGGAAUGAAUGUUAGGUUGAAAUACUUUGCUAGAAAGUAGCUAAAAAAGGGUACUUCUUGUAGGCCUUAAGAUGAUGAAAGACAAUGCAGUAUAAAUACCUCUAGUUUGCCCAUUCUAGGAGUUCAUAAAUGAUGGAGUCUAGAACAGUUCAAUAUUCCCUGUUAUGUCAUUUGGAAGUAAACUAGUUAUAUGAAGAACAGUUAUCUGUUUAUAGCUAAAUGGUGUUUAAAAGUAUCACUAAUGUUUGUGCAGCUUGGAAAAGGAAUCCCAUUACAUUAGUGUCACAUAGGGAUAAAUUAGACAGAAUUACAAAUGUGUCUCAUCCCUGUAUUUUAUAGAUUUUAGUAUGAGCAUCAUUAUUAGUGUCCUCAGAAUUGUUAAUAGAAUGGCAUGAAGGAAGAAAGGCAUAUAAAGGUCUGUAAUAGGAAUGCCAAGAAAAUACAAUGGUUUUGAUGAAAAUAUGUCUAGAUUUAGGUUUAAAAAACUUAAAACUUGUUAGCUCUAGUUGAGAAAUCUUACAGAUAAAUAUAUAUCUAUGUGUGAGAUACUAAAACUGUCUGAAUACUGUUAACUGUUAUAGUCAGUUUUUGUAUUAUAUAUGAAAGAUAUAUCAUACAGAGUUUACAGUUGUUAGGAGAUAUACAAAACUGUUAUUUUCUUUAUAAGAUAUUUUUGGGUUCUAGUUGUUGGAGACAGGGAACUAUAUAAAGAUAAAGUUGAAUGUGAGUUACCUUACUACUCUCUAAAGAUUAAUUGAAACAUAUAUUUUUAAGUAAAAGGUUCGGA